UAGGUCUGUUCUUAAGAAUUUCCUUUUGUAGCAGGUAGCACAGUGGAGGAUAAAAUCAUCUGUUUUCUCACUGGUAGAUACACAGUUACCUUUAAGACGUUGCAAGCAAUCCAGCUUCCUGCAAGUAACCGACAAUGUAAUCUUCGUCGUCAGCAACAUCGUACACGGACGCUAAUGAAUGAAUGACCUUCACUUCAUUGUCCUCGACGUGAUUGGUCAUCCUCAAAAUUACCCGUCACUAAAGUUUAACCUGACCCCGCUGAUUGAAUAUACUUCAAAACUACUGAAUGCAACUUAUUUUUAUAUCAAUGAGUUUGAAAAUAUAACCAGGGAUAAUAUUUUUAUACCGACUACAUUGAGUCACCGAUGAUCUUCGUGAUUGUGGUUGACUGGACUGGAUCAUGCAAAAAACUGUGAGGAGCGAGAAGAUGGGCAUAUGCUGGUUGAACGGAUAAAAAAACUCCAAAAGUGAUUUGGAUUUCGCAGAUGGUGAUUUAUGUCCAAUGUGUUGUCGCAUAAACUCGAAGAUAUACAGCCGAAAACUAACAAGUUGGCAGAACAGAUGUGAGGUAGCGAAGGAAGACGGGACUUCCUUCAGGUGAAUGUAGAGAAAGAAGACAGAGGUGACAGAUGAAGUUACCCAACCACCACCACCGCCAUCACCACCACCACCACCACUAAGAAUAACAACAGCGAGCACGAUGAACUGGAGAAAUCGAAAGGAAGAAGUUGUCUCUUUCACCUACCUGGGCAAGGUAGCAUCGUUUCAACUCCACAUGGUGGCACAGAUGAGGAUGUCAAAGUGAGCAUCGGAAAGACAGCGGGACAAGCCUUCUUGGAUUAGUCUGGAGUCAGUGUGGAAAUCUUCUGCACUGCACUGCACUGUACUGCACUCCACUUAGCAUAAAGAGUGAAUAAGAUCUGGAUUUUCAACACUAAUAUUAGUCAAGGAAGUCAGCACUUCUAUGUGACGGUUGAGAGACUUGGCGCGUUACGAAAAGCAAACACAACAAACCGCACAUAUAUAUCAUAUCAGCAACUGGCGCCUACACUCACUCGAUACUAAAGAUGAAGAUCAGAUGUCCAGGAUAAUAAUAAUAAGCAGCAAGGGUCUGUGGCUGGCGACGAGCCAACCAACAACCUGUCACCCAAAAAAUAUGCAGAAGAAGAAAGUGGAGAUGAGUCGGAUUGGAUUGGACAAAAACUGAGAAGAUGGUUCGAAGACACCACACGCCUGUCCAAGCUGUCGGGUGGAAGCCAAAUGGGAAACGACAAAUUUUGCGUGGGGAGGGGUGACAUUGAAGAGAUGGUGUGAGGAAUAAGUGAAAAGCUAUGGUCAGUUGUGAAGGUGAGUUAAAGGGACCGCAGAGAAUAGAGUAGAAUGGCGACGUGUCACUGAAACCCUAUGUUCCACUAGGAACGCUAAGGACAAAUAAUAAUACAUUACGUCAUCUCUUUCUACAUGACAUCCGAUUAAUUUUGAUUGAAAUGAAAGGAAACCAAGUAGCAAUUAACACAGAGUAAUGGUUUUUUUUUCAAGCUUUUUAUACUUCCUCAUAGUAGCAAGAGGAUGAAGGCUACUAUAAUAAUUUUCGAUAAUUUGAAGACGAAGUUUAUCUGAACAAGGUGAUGUAUUUGCGCAAUACACAUUUCGAACAAUCUGAUCACACAUUUACUUGUGAAGUCAAUAUAUAUUAAACCAUGGGAAUGUAAAUUAAGAAAGAUGAGAACAAAAAGAAAGGGUGACCUAGUCGAUCCUAAUCUUGGUAAGAAAACAACGUUUGCCAAGAGCAUCGAAACCUUUUGUUUGUGAUGUUUGUGGUCGUGGAUUUUCGCAUAUGCACACAAUGAAAAUACAUCGUGCUUCUAAUCAUGAAGGUCGACGUCCUUUCGGUUGUGGGCUAUGUGGUGCUCGUUUUCGUGAGGCUGUUGAAUUACAAAAGCAUCGACGUACAUUUCAUGCAGGUGAAAUAAGUUACAACUGUGGUAUUUGUGGAAUCGCCUUUCAAAGUGCUGCAGAUAUACGUCAGCAUAGAGCUACUGUUCAUGACGCUGAAAGAUCACAUGCCUGUGAUAUUUGUGGGAAGCGUUUUGGUCAAGCGAGUAAACUGCUUCAUCAUAAAUCUGCUGUUCAUGAAGGCAAGCGUCCACAUCUCUGUGAUGUUUGUGGUGCUCGUUUCACACAACGUGCUCAUCUCAAACAGCAUAGAACUACAGUCCAUGAAGGCAGAAAACCGUAUCAGUGCAACUUUUGUCAACGACGUUUCACUCAACCUGGUCACGUUCGUGUUCAUAAGUGUGUUGUAGACCAAGGCUUCAAGCGUCAUCCUUGUGAUAUAUGCGGUAAACAAUUUACGCAAUCGGGUACAUUAAAAAAGCAUAUAGCUGGUGUACAUGAAAAAAUACGUCCUCAUCGAUGUGAAUGUUGUCCUAGUGCAUUUGGUACACCUAGUGAACUACGCAGACAUAAAGAGAAUGUUCAUGAUCGUGUAGGUAAUCGAAAAUGUCGACAUUGUGGUGAGAAAUUUGCCACAGUUAACAAUUUAAAGCAACAUAUAACUACGCAACACUCUGAUCAUGAAGCAUUUAUAUGUGAAUUAUGCGGUGAUCAUUUCGCUAGACAGAUCGCUUUAACUCGUCAUAUGAUCACUUCUCAUACUGAGGAGAAAUCCAGACAGUGUAGUACAUGCGGUGAAACAUUCUCAUCCUUCACGGAAUGGAAAUCUCAUUCUGCUAUAUGCAAUGAUGAUACAACUGCACAUGUUUGUUCAUUUUGUGGUGAUCGUUUUACUUCACUCCCUAUAUUACGACAUCACAAACGAACAGUACAUCAAAAAUCUCAUACGUAUGAUUGUGAACAAUGUGGUCAAAAUUUCCUUCGUCUGAAUAGCUUCAAAUAUCAUUGUUGUAUAGAAAGUAAGUCGGAUGAGAAGAAAUCCGAGAAUGACAAAGCACUAACAACAACAACAACUUCGAUGCAGACAAUCGUAUCUCAGCCUACAAAUCCAAAUCUUGCGGCUAUUGCAGUACUUUCAGCUGUUGUUUCAGGUCUUGGUUUACCAGUGCCACGUUUACCACCUGAAUGUAAUGGAGAUAAACAAUUAAAUCAUAAUGUGCCUGUUGUACAACCACCGACAAUCCCAACUCCCUUACUUGGAUUUCCACAAACAAUCAAUCCAACAACUCUUCCCACCUUUAUCUUAAACAAUCCUACAAUCUCAACAACAGUAUCUACAAGCAUCAGUGGCAGUAACAUCACCCCUUCUACUCCUUCCAGUAUUAUUAAUUGUGACAGUGGAUCAUCUUUUAUGAAUCAAACUGUAUUAACAAAUGCAUUAGCUGUUCUCAAUGCUUUUGCUACUUCUCAACCAUCCAACAGUACUGAUUUAUCAACUGUAAACAAUUCCACUGCCAAUCAACUAACUACUACAAAUUCUACUAAUGUAAUCAAACCGAAAUCAGUGACUACUAGUAAUAAUGAGAUUAAUUCAUCUAUAUCAAGUUAGGGGAAACUAAGAUACUUCCAAUUACAAUACUUAAAAUAUACAGAUAGCUUGCAAUUUGAAAUCUAUUCUGAUGGUGAUGCAAUCAAUUACUACUGUUAUUCUAUAAGUAGUAUUUUUGUGUUUUUCUAAGAAAAAAUAGUUACAAUCUCACAGACUACUCAUAAUUCUUCAGUUGUUUGAUUGAUUGGUUAUAUGUAUAAUUGACAGAUUGAUCAUACUCUACUAUUGUACAAAUUUCUUACCUUAUCUCUUGUCUUAUUCAUGUGAAUAGUAAGUUAUCAAUUGAGAAAGAGAGGAGAGAAUAGAAAAAAAAUAUUUUAUUUUAACUAUU